CAAGCUGGAAAUUCCCUGCGGAGGGUGAAUUCAGAUACUUAGCCUUUAAGCGCCAUUCACAAAUUGAAUAAUCCCAUUCUCUCUCACUUUGCCUUCCAGAAGCUUUAAACACCACCCCUGCUUCCCAACAUACUUUCACUAGCAAAAGACAGAGGCCUGGGUUUUAGCACAGCUGCCAGCAAUGAGCCGUGAGUCUGCAGACCCCACGGGAGCCCAGCGCCCAGAUCCCUUAUUAGCCAAGGCCGACCGCCGUCUGUGCGUGGGGUGCGGCCCGCAGGCUCACUCCGGUUCCCGCUCUCGCCACCCCGCCCGCGCGUCCCGGGGCCCCCGCGCCCUGCGCGCUCCGGCUGCCGCCCCGCGCCCAGCACACGGGGGAGGCGCCUCUCGGGCGCCCCCCGGCCGGGAUGCCAGUGCCCGGCGCCGGGCGCGCCUUCGCCCGCAGCCUGCCCGCGGCCUUUAUACCGACUCGGCCGGGUGCUCACUAAUGUUUAACUCGGGGCCGAAACUUGGGAGCGCCCAGUGACUCCGCGCGCCGAGCAACGGAGCUGGAAGCGCGUCUCGGCGGCUUGCCUGACUUCUGCCUGCGCUCCUGCUCCGAACGCUCAGUUCCGGGCACACGCCGACCAUGAAGACACCGUGGAAGGUGCUCCUGGGACUGCUGGGGCUUGCUGCGCUCAUCACCGUCAUCACCGUGCCCGUGGUUCUGCUGAACAAAGGCAAUGAUGCUGCAGCUGACAGUCGCAGAACUUACACUCUAAGUGAUUAUUUAAAAAAUACUUUUAGGGUGAAAUCCUACUCCUUGCGGUGGGUUUCAGAUCACGAUUAUCUCUACAAACAAGAUAAUAAUAUCUUGCUAUUCAAUGCUGAAUAUGGAAACAGCUCCAUUUUCUUGGAGAACAGUACAUUUGAUGAAUUUGAACAUUCCAUAAACGAUUAUUCGGUAUCUCCUGAUGGACAGUUUAUUCUCUUAGAGUACAACUAUGUGAAGCAAUGGAGACAUUCUUACACAGCUUCAUAUGACAUUUAUGAUUUAAAUAAAAGGCAGCUGAUUACAGAAGAGAAAAUUCCAAACAACACACAGUGGAUCACAUGGUCACCAGAGGGUCAUAAAUUGGCAUACGUUUGGGAAAACGAUGUUUAUGUUAAAAAUGAACCAAAUUCAUCAAGUCAUAGGAUCACCUGGACCGGGGAAGAAAAUGCAAUAUACAAUGGAAUAGCAGACUGGGUUUAUGAAGAGGAAAUCUUCAGUGCCUACUCUGCUCUGUGGUGGUCUCCAAAAGGCACUUUUUUAGCAUAUGCCCAAUUUAACGACACACAAGUCCCACUUAUUGAAUACUCUUUCUACUCUGAUGAGUCACUGCAGUACCCAAUGACUAUGCGGAUUCCAUAUCCAAAGGCAGGAGCUGCAAAUCCAACCGUAAAGCUCUUUGUUAUAAAAACCGACAAUCUCAACCCAAACACCAAUGCAACUUCGGUAGAAAUCACUCCUCCCGCUGCUAUGUUGACAGGGGAUUACUAUUUGUGUGAUGUAACGUGGGCAAACGAAGAAAGAAUUUCUUUGCAAUGGCUCCGAAGGAUUCAGAACUAUUCAGUCAUGGAUAUACGUGACUAUAAUAACUCCACCGGCAAAUGGAUUUCCUCAGCGGCACAAGAACACAUUGAAAUGAGUACCACUGGCUGGGUUGGAAGAUUUAGGCCUGCAGAACCUCAUUUUACCUCUGACGGGAAGAACUUCUACAAGAUCAUCAGCAACGAAGAUGGCUACAAACACAUUUGCCGUUUCCAAAUAGAUAAGAAAGAUUGCACAUUUAUUACAAAAGGAGCUUGGGAAGUCAUCGGGAUAGAAGCUCUUACCACUGAUUACCUAUACUACAUUAGUAAUGAAUAUAAAGGAAUGCCAGGAGGAAGAAAUCUUUAUAAAAUCCAACUUAAUGACUACACGAAAGUGGCAUGCCUGAGUUGUGAGCUGAAACCAGAGAGGUGUCAGUACUAUUCUGUAUCAUUUAGUAAAGAGGCAAAGUACUAUCAACUUAGAUGUUCAGGCCCUGGUCUGCCCCUCUAUACUCUACACCGAAGUAGCAACGAUGAAGAACUGAGGGUCCUGGAAGACAAUUCAGCUUUGGAUAAAAUGCUGCAGGAGGUCCAGAUGCCCUCAAAAAAACUGGACUUCAUUAUUUUGAAUGAAACAAAAUUUUGGUAUCAGAUGAUUUUGCCUCCUCAUUUUGAUACAUCCAAGAAAUAUCCUCUCCUAAUAGACGUAUAUGCAGGCCCGUGUAGUCAAAAAGCAGACGCUAUCUUCAGACUCAACUGGGCUACUUACCUUGCAAGCACAGAAAACAUUAUCGUAGCUAGCUUUGAUGGCAGAGGAAGUGGUUACCAAGGAGAUAAGAUCAUGCACGCAGUCAACAGAAGACUGGGAACAUUUGAAGUUGAAGAUCAAAUUGAAGCAGCCAGACAAUUUUCAAAAAUGGGAUUUGUGGACGACAAACGGAUUGCAAUUUGGGGCUGGUCAUAUGGAGGGUACGUAACCUCAAUGGUCCUGGGAGCAGGCAGUGGUGUGUUCAAGUGUGGAAUAGCCGUGGCGCCUGUCUCACGGUGGGAGUAUUAUGAUUCAGUGUAUACAGAGCGUUACAUGGGUUUGCCGACUCCACAAGACAACCUUGACUAUUACAAGAAUUCAACAGUCAUGAGCAGAGCUGAAAAUUUUAAACAAGUUGAGUACCUCCUUAUUCAUGGAACAGCAGAUGAUAACGUUCACUUUCAGCAGUCAGCUCAGAUCUCCAAAGCCCUGGUGGAUGCCGGAGUGGAUUUCCAAGCAAUGUGGUAUACGGACGAAGACCAUGGAAUUGCCAGCGGCCCAGCGCACCAACACAUAUACACCCACAUGAGCCACUUCAUAAAACAAUGCUUCUCUUUACCUUAGCACCUCAAACGGCUUGCCAAACCUCAUUGAAAGGCAUUUUUGUUCUGUCUCAAAGCUGCACUGUUAUGAUGAUCGUGGAAAAAAAAAGGACACGCAAAUCGAGAAAUUCAGCGUUACUCUUGUUCCCAAAUUUCAUAUCUAUAACCCUAAGAAGGGACUUCUGUCUUCACGACAGACUUCCGCAAGUUUGAAGUAUUCCGUCUGUUUCUGUUUAUUAUUUAAAAUCAUUACCACAUCAGUUGCUGAAACAACAACUAGGAGUUGUUCGUAUGGGAGUUCUGCAUAGGUUCCCUGGGAAGCGUUCAUCUUUUUCUAACUGGACCAGCCCACGCGUGCUCUCUUCUUUAAAGGGAACGCAGUGAUGUCCCUGAAGCGGGGGUGAGAGAGGGAGGGUUAGGGAAAGAAGUGAGGAGGCAUGGCUGGGAAGUCAAGUCCGAGCCCAAUGACCCGACCAGACUACGGUCAGCAACUCUUGGAGGAGAGCUGUUCACAGCUAGAUGGGCACGGUUUUCUGAGAAAGAUUAUUUAACCAGUCUCAGGAAAUCAUAAAUGCAAGCACCGACUUCUAAGUAAAACCACAGCAGUUGAAUAGACUCCAAAGAAAUGAGAAGGAAACUGGCAACAAAGCAAGGCCCGCAGGUGCUGGUUAUGGCCACAGGUGCUACGAAAGCACAGCUAGAGUGAGGGGAAAGUACUGCCAACGGGCUUCAUAAAAUACUGAUGUUUCCUGCUGAGGGAGGCAGCCUGGAACUGAGAUGUGAGCACAUCAGCUUGCCCUGUUAAAAGAUGAACAUAUUUGUAUCACAUAUUCUAACCUGAAGGAGUCCUUGCAUCAGUUUUUCUCAUGUCAUUUCUCUGAGCGUCUUAAUUAAAAGGGGAUUUUAACUUC